CUGGGCAGUGGCAGCCACACAACCUCCGCGGGCAGUUCCUCUCGCACGCUCCGGUAGCCUCGCAGUGAAUGAAGUGAAUAGUGGUUGAGGAUAGUGAAGUGGAUCUUUUAGACACGAAAGCGAUAGGUGAAAGGGUAUCGUUGUGGUGAAAUGGUGACGGCGGGUGGAGUGUGUUGGAGAUAGAGAACAGGCGCUGGCGAAAGCGGCCUCUCGGAAAAGCCAGGCGGGGCGUCGGAGCUCUUGCCUGCUUUUGUGUGCUUGUCGAUACGAAAGGAAUUUUGUGGGGAACUCAGCUCUUCCUUCUUCCCACAUGCCUGAGGAAAGCUCUCGAAGAACAGCUGUGGCAGUGGGUUAUGAACAAGUGAGGUGAAAAUAGUGUCAAAGAUGUUCACUUGCUGCGGAACGUGUAUCUUGGGCCUCGCGAGACGCUGACCGCCGCGAUGCUGCCGCUCAGCACCGCCAUCAGAGUGAACCUCCCGGCGAACCUCCAGCAGGCGUCGGGGGAGAAUGACGACGUGGCCAAGGUGUUGGCGCGAGCCUUCGUGUCCUGCGACGUGGGUGUGGUGAAGUCAUGCCUGGAGCAGGGCGUGGACCCCAACAUGCCCCUGCCCGGAGGCUACGUGCCCAUCACUCUCAUCAUCUCAACGGCCGAGUCCGAGCGCUGGGUGGAGAUCGUUAGAAUGCUCUUGGAAGCAGGGGCGUCGCCGGACUGCCGCGACCCCCGGGGCACGCCCCUCCUCUCCCUUCUCGUGGCUACCUGCUCACCCGAUCUCCUGGCGCUCGCGCUGAAGAAGGGAGCCGACAUCAACGCUCACAGCCCCAGCGGUGAGACCCCGCUCAUAAGCGCCGUUCACUACAAGCAAAUCGAAUGCUUGCGAAUCCUGCUCCAAUACGGCGCGGAUCCCAACACAGUCUCCGCUGACGGCUCCAGCGCCCUCAUGUGGGCGGCGGGGCGGAGCAACGGCAUAGGCAUGCAGCGGUCCCUCACCUGCGUGCGGCUCCUCCUCGAGCACGGAGCCAGCCCGACGUUCAGCAACCCGCGGGGCUACACGCCGCUCAUGGCUGCGGCGCUCAUCCGGGAGGCGGAAGUGGUGCGCGUACUACUGGCAUCUGGCGCCGACCCUGACACCAGAGACGCCCGAGGGGAGACGGCGCUCAUCAAGGCGGUCUACUCCGACGCCGUUUUGGUCGUGAAGCUACUGCUUCAGUACAAUGCUGACGUCAACAUUCAGAAUACGAUGGGGUGUACCGCGCUCAUGAACUGCGUGUCUGACGAGGUCCUCUCACUCCUCCUGCAGCACCGCGCCGACCCGACCCUCGUAGGGAACGACGGCAACACCGCCCUUCACUACCAGGCCUCCGAGAACCGCGCCGAGCACUCGCAGACGCUGCUCGAAUACGGCGCGCCGAUCGACGCUCGGAACGCCAACGGGAACACUCCGCUGCAGAUCGCCGUGCGCUCCUGCAGCUUCUCCGUCGUCGACCUCCUCCUGAACUGCGGAGCGAACGUCGCCUCCUUCAACGACGCCGGCGUGUCCAUCCUUCACGACGCGUUGUUGUCCUGGGACUACUACAACACGCACGAUGUCUUCACGGCUCUUAAUACUCCCUCGCUCAUGUCUGAGAUGCUGUAUUACAUGCACAGCUGCGGAUCAGGACGGGUGCUGCAAGUGCUGGAAAGACUGCUAGAAGGCGGGGCUGACCCAGGGCUCGCCGGCGAGAGGGGCGUCACCCCCCUCAUGCUAGCAGCCGCACGGGGCGACGACAGGAUCGUGCGUCUCCUCCUCGAGCGAGGGGUCGACCCGGCGGCCUCCGACGCAGGAGGACGCACCGCACUCUUCUACGCCUGCAAGUGGGGGCAUGCCCGUCUGGUGGACAUCCUGCUGGCGCACGACUGCUCCCCCAACGCCCCGGACGGUGCCAACAACCUUCCCAUCUACUACGCUGCGCAGCACAGUCACACAUCCAUCGUCAUGGGACUCAUGGUGGAUUUCGCCUUCUACUUCCGCUGCCAACACGCAGUCACUUGAACUGAGAGCGAACCAGUGAUUUUGUAUGAGUAGAACACACUUAUGCGGACAGAUAAAGAGUGCAUGCACAGGCAUAUCUAUGAGACUA